AUGUCCCUUGGAAUCGCUCCCGCUCCCCAUCUUGGUGUCGUGAACGGCAGCAUGAUCACCUUCCAGCCAAGAUCAUGGUAUACCGCGUCUUUCAACACCACCGAAGAGGCAGAUAAGCAUUCCGCGGAGGACCCUUGCUUGAGCAAAGGCGUUGUCUCGGUGGGGGAGAAGGAACAAGACUUGUCAGGGGCAUCGGAAGUCUCUGUUUGA